AUGGGGCUCCAGGCUGGGACACCCUGUCUCCACCAGGACCUUGUCCUCCUGCCCACCGUGGUGGCAAUGCUUCUCCUCUGUGCCAGCGCUGGCCCAGCCGUGCCCACUGCCAGCCCCCGGAGUGCCUCAGGGUUCCCCCCGGACUGCAGCCACCUCCGCAAGAACAGCCCCAGCGGCGUGUACGUCAUCCAGCCGGCCCGGUCCCCCCCGCGCGUGGUCUGGUGCGACAUGGACACCGAGGGCAGGGGCUGGACGGUGGUCCAGAGGAACUCGCAUGACACCGAGCUCACGUGGAAGCAGUCCUGGACCACCUACAAGUAUGGCUUCGGGAAUGUGCACAGCGAUUACUGGCUGGGCACCGAGUACCUGCACCUGCUGACACAGCAGGGCACCUACAAGGUGCGCUUCGUGGUGCGGGACAAGGCCAACGUCACCCACUACGCCGAGUACGACAUCUUCAGGGUGGAGAGUGAGGCCAGCGGCUACCCGCUGAGGCUGGGCCGGCAUUCUGGUGAUGGGGAUGACUACCUGACCCUCUACCACCCCAAGAAGGGGGGCAUUCACGACAACAUGAAGUUCAGCACAGUCGACAAGGACCAGGACCAGUACAGCGGGAACUGCGCCAAGAGCUACGGGGGAUGGUGGUACAACAGGUGCCAGAACGUCCUGCUCAAUGCCAAAAACUACAUUGUCUGGCCAGGAUUCUGUGAUAAUGGUGACUGCGCAUCCUCCCUCAUCCUGGUCAAACCCACAGAUGUGUGUUGA